AGCUCCCGGGAGCCGCCGCACGCCCGCUCACCGCCCUUCCCCUCUCGCUUCCCUUGCAGAGCACUACAAACACCACUGGUUCCCCGAGAAACCCUUCAAAGGCUCGGGCUAUCGCUGCAUCCGCAUCAACCACAAAAUGGACCCCAUAAUCAGCAAGGCAGCCAGCCAGAUCGGACUGAGCCUCCCGCAGCUCUACCAGCUCCUGCCCAGCGAGCUCACGCUCUGGGUGGACCCCUACGAGGUCUCGUACCGCAUCGGCGAGGACGGCUCCAUCUGCGUCUUGUACGAGGCCACGGCCACCAAACCCACGGGCCAGAAAGCCCUCGGCUCCUACGGGCUGCUGACCUGCAAGAACCAGAUGAUGUUCGGCCGCACCAGUCCUUCCAAAAACUACAUCAUGACUGUCUCCAGCUAA